UUUUUUUUUUUUUUUUUAAAACGCUGUUGGAAAUCUCGCGAUGGAGGGAGGAGGAGGUAUACCCCUAGAAACACUUAAAGAAGAAAGUCAGUCAAGACAUGUUCUACCUGCAAGUUUUGAAGUCAACAGUUUGCAGAAAAGCAACUGGGGGUUCUUACUUACUGGGCUUGUGGGUGGGACCCUGGUGGCUGUGUACGCUGUAGCCACGCCGUUUGUAACGCCAGCCCUUCGAAAAGUCUGUUUGCCGUUUGUACCUGCAACUACGAAGCAGAUUGAAAAUGUUGUGAAAAUGUUGCAAUGCCGAAGAGGAUCCCUUGUAGACAUCGGUAGUGGCGACGGACGCAUUGUCAUAGCGGCUGCGAAGAAAGGGUUCACAGCAGUUGGUUAUGAAUUAAACCCAUGGCUAGUUUGGUAUUCCAGAUACCGCGCUUGGCGAGAAGGUGUGCAUGGAUCUGCCAAAUUUUAUAUUUCAGAUUUGUGGAAGGUUACUUUUUCGCAGUACUCGAACGUUGUUAUUUUCGGUGUGCCUCAGAUGAUGCUGCAGUUGGAGAAGAAACUUGAACGUGAACUUGAGGAUGAUGCACGAGUUAUUGCUUGCCGGUUCCCUUUCCCACACUGGACUCCAGACCACGUCACGGGGGAGGGGAUAGACACAGUGUGGGCAUAUGAUGCGAGCACUUUUAGAGGCUGUGAAAAGAGGCCCUGUACAUCGAUGCAUUUCCAGCCGCCCAUUCAAGCAUAAACUUUACUGGGAGCGUUUUUCUGAAAUGUUGUAGUCUUCCCUGAUCUUGUAGAGACUUACAGCUGUGUCCUUAGCAAAGGAGCGUAAUUGUCUUUGGUUUGGAAUGAGAAAUUACUAUUAUUUUCCUUAACUGUUGGAGAAAACAAACAGAAGAAAAACAGGUAGAUUUAAAAUCUGCUUUUGAUGCUAUUUUCUUAAAAUUGUACUUACUGCCUUUCCAUGCACCUGGAUGCAUGAAAAGAUGAAUAAGUGAUGGUCAUGGUUAUGGGUAGGAAAAUAAGAUGCCAAUAGCUCUUCACAUUAUAAACAAUAUGGCUUAAUGCCUUGAUAAGGAGAAAUGAUUUUUAAAGACAGUAUAUAUUACCAACUGUUUGCAGUAUCCUAUAACUUUGUUCAUACUUAAGUUGUAUCUCUUUCCUUUUUGUACUUCAUGGCAAAAUUAAUUUUCUAAAGGAUUCAGAAAGGUGUUUAUAUUUUAUAACAUUUAUUAGAAAUAAUUUGUUCCACCACUAGAUUACUGUAUUUUAUGGAAUCUAAGCUGUAUAUGUGUACAUUUGUAUACAUGUAUGUGUAAAUGUAAGCCCGACGUGGGUUCAGAUUCCAGUUUUGUCAUCAGCAAGAGGCCUCGGACCCAUGACUUACUGCCUCUGAGCCUUGGCUUUCUGUGUAUCUCUGCCACUGGGAUAAUGGUACACACAACAGCGGAGUGGGGACCAAUUUCUAAAACUCAUGGCACCUAGUCUUUGGUUCAUAAAUGGUGUUUGUUAUUUUAGACACUGAGAAAAAUCUUAUUCACAGAAGUUGAAGAUUAUUUCUGCUAGUCACUUUUUUAUUUCUUGAGAGCUGCCACUUAUUUAAUAUUUCUCAUUUAUGGGAAGAGACUUGACUGAUUUAGAUAAAAGAUGAAUUAAGGAAAACCUUUGAACGUGAGUAGACAAGCUUCAUAUAUCUGUAAAGUGAAUAUUGAAUGGUAGCUUGAGUCAUUCGUACUUAUCACGGAAAAGAAUUGAACUCCCAGUCAUACACCUGUAACUGAAAUACCAAACUGUCUUAAUGGAGAUGUAAUGAAGUAAGAUGGUCACAUCUUUAACUAAACUUAUAAAAAUUGGUCAGUUUGAUCAUUUUCAUUUAAAUGAGAAACAUCUGGGGACACAUUCAUUCAUUCAUUCAACAAAUAUGUAAUCAGUAUCUACUGUAGAAGAAGCUCUGAGAUUCUGCGGUGAAUAGACAUGCAAAGCCCCUGGCCUCAUGGAAUUCCUAUUCUGGAAAGGAGAGACAAACAAAUAAGCAAGGGAAUCUUUGUGUGUGUGGAGUUCUCUGAAGUAAACAGUGUGAUGGUGUAGAGAGCACUUGUGUGAGUCUGAGAUGAGGGGAUGUGAUGUUGUGGACUUCAGCCAGGUUUUUGGCAGCUAGUGUCUGUCCCUUUUCCAGUAGCUCCAGUCUCCUUAUGAAGAAUGAGUUCUUUCUGUGGUGUGUGGCUUUAGUGGGAGGGCAGCUCUUGCUCUAUGCUUCUCAGUUGCCUUCCACUGUAGCCAGUCCUGUAACUGGUCUGGGUACACUCGGAGGGGGAUCCAUGGUAGCUCCUUGCCAUGAAGAUGUGGGUAGAGGAGGGUUCUGUGGGGCCUCAGAGGUGUUCAACAUUUUCUAGAAGUGUUCUGGUGGGUUUAUAGAGGCAUUGAUAUGGUUUGGCUGUGUCCCUACCCAAAUCUCAUCUUGAAUUCCCACAUGUUGUGGGAAGGACCUGGUGGGAGGUGAUUGAAUUAUGGGGGCAGGUCUUUUCUGUGCUGUUCUCAUGAUAAUGAGUAAGUUUAAUGAGAUCUGAUGGUUAUUUUAGGGGGGAGUUUUCCUGCACAAGCUCUUUUUGCCUGCUACCAUUCAUGUAAGAUAUUCCAGCCACAUGGAACUGUAAGUCCAAUUAAAGCUCUUUCUUUUGUAAA